AUGAACGUCUUGCAAAAAACUACAGGCCGAUCACCAUCGUGCCCGUGCUGUACAAAGUGUUUUCCAGAUUACUUUACAAUCGUUUGUCGCCAAUCUUGGAGAAGGGUCAAAGUCCUGAUCAAGCAGGGUUCCGGAGCGGAUUCAGUACAGAAGACCAUUUAUACACUGUUCCAAAUUCAAGAGAAGGCGGACGAAUUCCAGAUUCCCUUGUGGUGCGCGGCGAUAGACUUUCAGAAGGCUUUCGACACGGUGGAGCAUCAGGCAUUAUGGAACGCGCUUGCGAAGCAGAGCGUACCUGUUGCGUAUAUUCACUUGCUUACGAAACUUUACAUUGGGCAGACGGGUCGUAUUAAAACUGAUGUUCUUAGCCGGUCUUUCGACAUAUCCAGAGGCACCAAGCAGGGCGACCCCCUGAGCUCGCUCAUCUUUAACGCGCUAUUGGAGGAUAUUUUCCGGGAUGUGAAACAGAAGUGGGCUGAUCGAAAGUAUGGCGUGGAGCUCGGGUACAGCGAGGCGUCUCGAUUGACAAACUUGCGGUUCGCAGAUGACGUCUUCCUCGUGAGUCACAGCUGGCAACAAGUCACGCGAAUGCUGUCGGACGUACGGAAAUCAGCUGCUGCAGUCGGGCUUCUUCUUCAUCCAGAUAAGACAAAAAUCAUCACAAAUGCGACAAAUGGCACCGGAAGGGGAAAAAGAACGCACGCCACAGUUGACGACAUGCAGAUCGAGAUAGUGUCGCUUCUUGACCCGGUGAAGUAUUUAGGCAAACACGUGGUCUUUGAAGGACAAGUGGAAGCGGAAAUUGAACACCGAUUACGACAAGGGCGGAAGGCUUUCAUGGCAAACAAAGAAGAACUGACUAACAACAAGUAUUCACUAAAAUGUCGUAUCCGUCUCUUCGAGAGCGUGGUCACGCCUACUGUAUUAUAUGGUUCUUCGAGCUGGACGAUUUCUGUUGCAAUGGAGCAAAAACUCCAGACGACGCAACGCCGCAUGCUUCGCAUGAUAUUUGGUGUUGGGAGACGCCGUACGCAGCACGUGCACGAAGUCGAUGCUGAACAACAUGGCAGCUCCGGGUCGGUUUCUACAUCAGCAUCAUCAUCGUCUUCAGCUUCCUCUUCUUCACGUUCGUCAUCAUCAACCCGAAAUGACAUCGAGCCGUGGAUAGAUUGGAUCAAGAGGGCAACUGCAAAAGUGGAGAGCCAUAUGGUUGAACUUAAUAUUGGCAACUGGGGAGUCGCCUGGCGGCGCAAAGUUUGGCGCUACGCGGCGAGGCUGGCCGAAAUGCCUACGGACAGGUGGGCAGUGAAGGCAACUGUCUGGAACGCGGCGGAUUGCCCGAGGGCGAAGGGGCGCCGGCCACACGCGCCCAAAAAACGUUGGAACAAAGAGAUUUUACAAUUUCUACAGGAUGCCGGUCAUGAUGUCGAUGGCACGAACUGGUUUUACAUUGCUGCAGACAAGAACAUGUGGAAGGAUUUGGAGAAAGAUUUCUGUUCGCACACGAGGAGUACACGAUGA